GGUCGCGUACUGAUCCUCCUCCCUUCACGGUAUCAAGUCGGUCUACGCAUCUGCCCGGUCGCUGUUGGACGUUUCUCGCGCUGCAAGUAGCAACCACCCGUCUGUGGCCUACGUACCUAGUUAGUAGCAGGCGCACGAGGACAGUCCGGGAAGGGGGUUGCGCCAACAAUCGACCAGGUUUUCCAAUGAUCAACAUCGCCAAAGUGAGCGACUGGCUCACUCAAAACGCCAGUGAAAGCAUAUAUCCCCGACUCUUUUUAAUGUCCCCAAAUGGCACGCUAUUGGCAUACUCCAAGCCCGUGCAAACUAAGGAGCUUCGUGACCAGGCUGCCCUCAUUUCCAUGGCAUGGAAGGAUCACUGCGCCGGCCGCCAAAAGCUUUCUGCGCGAAAUGGAGCCCCAGACCAUUCACUCAAGCCCCCACUGCAGACACUCACCAUCGAAACCCAGGACUGCAACAUCAUAGUGCGUCUGUUGCAACCAGAGUUGCUCCUGGUCCUCAUUGGCAGAAUUCCCCCAAGCAAAAAGCAGACAUUCAAAAUCUCGCCCGAAGGCCAGGGAGACCCUAGGUAUCCGGAUGUCGACGUCUCUCUUUCCCGCCCAGGAUCAAGCGCACAGCUGCAUGCUCAGGCUGACGGAUCGGCCGACAACCUAAGACCCAGCAACGGAGGGCCGACCAUGAAGAACAAGGCGCCUUCUCUGUUCAGUAACAUGAGCCAGCGCGAGAAAGACAUCCGGGGAGGUGCACUCCAUGUGCAACGAAAGAAACUAGAUGCCUUGGCCGAAUACGUCCUCCGAGAUUUUGAAGAUACCUCUUUCGUUAUGCCAGCAGAUGCAGACUUGCAGUAGUCCGCAGACUCUUACCUUUGAUCAGAAGACACAUGCAGCCCCUUGCCCUACCCUUUUUGGCUGCUGACACUGUGGUCUUCAAAUGUUUUAAUAAAUUCGGCCAUGCCAAAGGCAUGCAUUU